AUGCUCUCCUCCUUCCGCGUACGUAGUACCAGAUCCACCACUGUUCCGCCUGGUGAAAAUCCGGCAGAAACGUACCACCGGCUAAAGGGUCUGUAUCGUCGUUGGAUCCGACCGGAGGAGCACACCAAGGAGGAGAUUGGAGACGCCAUCAUCCUGGAGCAGUUUCUACGCGUCCUCCCAGGCGAUAUCCGAACCUGGGUGAUGGAGCAUGAGCCGAAGGAGGGGCUAGCGGCUGCCAAACUGACCCAGCAGUACAUCAACGCCAGGAAAGGAGCACGUCAACCAACUCCACCACCAAGGUUUCCACGCCGCGAGGGUCCAACGGUGACAGCAGGUAACCCGAGUCCGGCCGGCAUACAUCAAGGAACUGGCAGAUGCGAGCUGCCAAAGUCCCAGCGAGUGAUCCGGGUUCAGGAAACACACGGGGACAUCCAGCAGAGCGGAGCCGGCGGCGGGAAGUGA